CGAUCCUUUGCAUCACCAUAAUGCGGGAUUACCACAUCGUCACGGUCCAAGUUUCAUGAUUCUGCCCACGCCGGAUGCGCUUGCUGACCGACACCAUGGAACCGUGGAGGGAGGGUGAAAGAUGCCUCAGGUGUCGAAGAUAAACGUCACGAUGACUUCAGAAAGUGGACCGGGUGGCCACGCCUUAAAGCUUGGCUGUAAAGCUUGGCCUCAAGGAUUUAGAUUCCUCUCCUCCCAUCUCUAACCUCUACUACCUUUAACUCUUCAACCAUGGCUCCUGUCAGAUUCCGCCACGACCCCAGCUGGUCGUAUCAGCAAGGCCUGUCCGGCUCCAUGCUCAAGGCCUUUCUCCGCACCUUUACGGCCCUGCACAUGAAAUGGCCCCUAUCCCUCAAGCCACACCAUGAAGGCGAGCGAUUUGUGUUGAUCCCCCCCGCCCAGCCCGAGUACUACACCGGGGUGAUGGAGGAUCCCGCCGUCCGGCCCGAGACCAUCGGCGCCACCUGGUAUCCCGACCCAUAUUCCCCUCAGACACCACUCCCCGACGGGCAGCAUGUCAUCCUGCAUCUGCACGGAGGCUCGUAUAUUCUCGGGGACGGCCGGACCUCCUCCUGUAACUUUCUCGCCAAGACCCUCCUCGAACAGACCCCAUCCCGCUAUAUGCUCUGUCCGCAGUACCGAUUAGCGUGCAAUCAUAAUAGCCGUUUCCCGGCUCAGCUGCAGGAUGCCCUCGCGGCAUAUGUUUAUCUCAUUCACACGCUCCAGAUCCCACCAUCCCGCAUCGUGCUGAGCGGGGACAGCUCGGGCGGACACCUCGUCCUGGCGCUUCUCCGCUACAUCGGGGAGUACAACGACCCGGAGCGGCUGCCCGCGCCCAAGUGUAGCUGGGCCUGGUCGCCGUGGUGCGACGUCCCAGCGGCGGUGGAUCCCAGUGCCUGGACGCACAGCGACAACUACAAGACCGAAUACAUCCCAGGGUCCUUCCCCGCCUGGGGGGCGAAGCAGUUCCUGGGCGAUGGGCCCAUCACGGAGCAGGUACAGCCGUAUGUGGCUCCGCUCUGGCAUCCAUUCGUCGUCCCCUCGCCGGUGCUCAUCAUCACGGGCGGGCGGGAGGUCCUCUGCCAGGACCACGAGAAGCUGGCACAGGAAUUCCAGAAGCUCGAGGGGAACCAAUCGCGCAUCGAGCUGUUUGUGGAGGGACGGGUGCCGCAUGAUGUGCUGAUGAUCGGGUGGAUUAUGGGGUUCAAGGAUGAAGCGCGGCAUUGUGCCAUCGGGGCGGGGGAGUUCUUGCGACGCGUGGAGUCCCCGCCGGGAGCGAGUGGGACCGAUGCCAGAGCUGGAUGGGUGUCAGGAUGAUUGUCUGCGGCUGAGCGAUCUUGGUUGUAUCCCAACAUGGAACAGCAGGCUGUCUGUGUGAGAAUGUAUAUUUGAAUCUGCGAUGGUCUUUUGCUCCCCCAUUUGUCUUACCUCAUGUUGCGGUCUCUGCUAGCUAGGCGCGUGUCGCAUUGAGUGCUGCACCACAAAUUGAUAGAUUGAAAUUCACUUCCGGUAGCAUCGAAGGGAUACACUGAGAGG